AUGAGGGCCAACUUUGCCCGCCACGGGCGGCGCCUCCUGGUCCAUCGCACGCGAGCGCCGUCCUGCUCACUCGUCCGGUCCUCGCCCUCUCCUCGACGACUACCGCCCUCCACGCCGUCGCUAUGUCCGCGCUUCGAGCGCACCUUUUUCAACGUCCUCUUCCAGAAGCCGCCGCGCGACAUUCGGCAGCCCGAGUACGAGCCCGGCUGGAUGCAAAUCAUGGUCUGGCGGAGCCGGAUGCUCGACAACCUGCGGCCGCCGCCGCGGCGCGACCUCAUGGAGGCCUGGCGCCGCCUCAUGCAGGCCAAGCUCAAGUCGCGCGUGCCGCUCAACAGCACGCAGGCGCUGCAGUGCCGCCGCCUGCUCGCGUACCUCGCCGAGCAGCGCGUCAGCCUGCACGAGGACCGCAACGUCAAGCCCCUGGCGGCCGCGGACCUGGCCAUGGCGCGGCAGGUGCUUCUCGAGCUCGAGCCGAGCGAGACCACGCAGCACCACGUCGACUUUGCGCGCGCGCUGCACAAGGCGUGGACCGAGGGCGACUUUGCCCGCAAGCCCCGCGCGGUCGAGCUGCAGUGGACGUAUCUCGUGCGGGCGCUUUCGCUGUAUGGCGGCGGCGUCGAGGCCAAAGAGAUGCUCGAGCAGAAGUGGGACGUGGCCGAGUACGCCGUCUACCUGACGCAGGACGAUCAGUUGCUCGAAGUGGUUGCCCGGGCACUCGCCAGGGAGGGCAAGGAGGCCGAGAUGCUGGAGCUGGUGAACCACGCGCAAAGCCGAGGCAUUGCUCUCGACGCUAAGCUACAGUCUGUCAUUGUACAAUACUUUGCCAGCCGCGACCGAAUCGAGGAAACAAAAGCUUGGUUCACAGCACGCAUCGAACAACCGCAGUGCCACCCCGACACCUACCGUGCCGUCGCCUCGUUUGCCAGACGGAAUUCGCUACAAGAGUGGGCCAUGCCCUUUUUUAUAGAAUUGGGCGAGUCGACUCCCAAGAAGCAAUACUGGAAUGUCUUGCUGCAGUCGAUCCUGCUCAUGGGCCGCAGCCUGUCCCAGGUCGGCACCAUGAUGGACCACAUGGUCGACCGCGGCGGCGACAUCCAACCCACCAUCCACACAAUCAACGGCCUCCUAUCGGUCGCCGUCGAACUCCAAAACUACCAGCUCGGCCAGGACGUGCUGCAGCUCGGCAACGACAAGGGCCUCAAGAUGGAUGGCGAGAGCUACAUGCACAUGCUGCGCCUGUGCAUCGACGCCAAGGACUUUGAGCGCGCCCAGCGCGCCUACGAGCAGGUCACGUCUCUCGAGCCCUGGGGCAGCGACUCCAAAUCCGACCUCCAGCCGCAAUUCGGCCGUCUCGUCAACCACUACCUCGUCACCCUCGCCCAGCAGACGCCCCCGCGCUUCCCGCUCCUCCUCUCCAUCCUAAACACAGCCGAGGAGCUGGGCCUCCGCCUCGCGCCGGCCACCAUUGCUGCCCUGUGCCUGCGCUUCCUCGAAAACGACCAGCACUUUGACGUCAUGGACAUCCUCUCCAUCAACACGUUCCUCUUCAGCGACGCCGAGCGCCAGGUCGUGCAGGCCGCCUUUGUCCGGUUCUGCCUGGACCCGCGGACAAGCACCGCCCGCGCCUGGGGCGGCUACCAGCUGCUGCAGCAGUUCUUCGAGGACACGAGCGUGGCGCGGCGCACGCGCCUCAUGGCGGCCUUUUUCGCGCGCAAGCGGGCCGACAUGGCCGCGCACGUCUUUGGCCACAUGCGGCAGCACCGCAGCAAAUCGCUGCACCCGCGCAUCGAGACGUACAUUGCCUGCCUCGAGGGCCUGGCGCGCUGCCCGGACCUGCCCGGGCUCGAAAUGGUGCACAACAUGCUCAAGAUGGACACGACGGUGCAGACGACCACGGCGCUGCAGACGGCGCUGAUGAUGGCGUUUGCAGCGUGCGACCGCCCGCUGGCGGCGCUCGACGUGUGGACGCAGAUUACGCAGUCGCGCGAGGGGCCGUCGUACGCGACGCUCGAGGCCGUCUUCUGGACGCUCGAGCGCAAACCCGGCGGCUACAAGAUGGCGCGCGAGAUCUGGGACCGCAUCGAGCGAAUGGACCUCGAGGUCUCGGCCCGCGUGUACAAUGCGUACAUUGGCGCCGUGGCCGGCGCGGGCUCCGAAAAGGAGAUUCGCGCCUUGAUCAUGAAGAUGCCAGCCGUGGUCGGGGUAGAGCCCGAGCCAAUAACCCUCGGAAUUGCGUACAAUGCCCUCCCCGGGCGGGAACUACAAAACGAGUUCCAGACCUGGGCCAAGCUGCGGUACAAGGACCAGUGGGAGGAGUUGAGCAAGGCUGGUCGCCGAAUGAAUGAGUAUUCGCUGUGCCAGUUCAAAAUCGAUCGCAACAUGCGAGCAGAGGUUGAGGGUGCCGAGAGGGUGGCAGAGGAAGCUGUAUAA